AUGGCCGACCUGAGCAAGUCCACCGACGGCCCUUCGCCGCUGUCUCCCGACGGCUUCGACUACACCCAACUCCCCGACUACGACACCGACUUCGUCAAUGAAGAUGACUUCGCCCGCUUUCAGCAAGCUCUGUCAGCCCCCGAGCCAUCUCCCUCCUCCGACAACCUCCUCGACCCGCAAACACCCAGACGCUCUACCUUCAUCACCGCCCUCAACGACUGGCGGCCCGUGCACCAGCGCGUUCGGAAGAAGAAGAAGCGACGCCAGCCCCGUCGCGGCGUCGACGAGACCCGCGAGGGGUUCGUGUACAGCCUGCUAAAAUGGCCGCUGCUGUGCACCGUCUUCGGCUGGCUUUUCGUUCUCGGCGUCAUGUAUCUCGUCACGCGCGUGUACAUCGGCCUGUACGAACAGUGGAUAACGUGGCGGGGUACGCGCCAGAGGCUGCGGAAAAAGCUGAACAGCACGGAGAACUACGAGGACUGGGUCGCGGCCGCAAAAGAGCUGGACGAUCAUCUGGGCAACGAGAAGUGGAAGCAGACGGAUGAAUACGCUUACUACGAUGCGAAGACUAUCCGAAGGGUCAGGGAUACGUUGAGCAAGCUGCGCGCUCAGGUUGAGCAGGGGAGCUCGACCGGGAAGGCAGAGGGCUCUAGCGAGCAAGCCAUCAACCAACUUCGCGGGCUCUUGGAGGCUUGCGUCAAAAGCAAUUUCGUCGGCUUCGAGAACCCCCACCUUUACAGCGAAUCUUAUUACGGCACGAAGCACCUGGUCCAGGACUGCGUCGACGAAAUCGAGAAAUCGCUCGAGGUGCUUUCCAACACCAGCAGACUUUCUUCCGAGGACAAGCGGACUAUGUUCAAACAUCUUUCCACAAAUUUUGGGCGAACGGCACUCUGCCUCUCCGGGGGAGCCACUUUCGCAUACUACCAUUUCGGUGUGGCUAAAGCUUUGCUGGAUGCCGGUCUGCUGCCAAACGUGAUUACGGGCACAUCUGGUGGCGCGCUUGUUGCUGGGCUUCUGGGUACGCGGACAGAUGAUGAGCUGAAGAAGAUGCUGAUACCUGCGCUUGCGAACAAGAUCACCGCAUGCCAUGACGACAUGACUACUUGGUUCAAGAGAUGGUAUAAAACGGGUGCGCGGUUUGACAGUGUGGACUGGGCCCGCCGAUGCGCUUGGUUCACUCGCGGCAGCCUCACGUUCCGUGAGGCAUACGAUCGUACAGGCCGCAUCCUAAACGUCUCUUGCGUUCCAUCAGACCCUCACUCUCCAACUAUCCUGGCAAACUACCUCACAUCCCCCGACUGUGUUAUCUGGUCUGCGGUCCUCGCAUCUGCUGCGGUCCCCGGUAUUCUCAACCCCGUAGUUCUGAUGAAGAAGAACCCUGACGGCACGCUCGAGCCCUACAGCUUUGGCCACAAGUGGAAGGAUGGCAGCUUGCGCACUGAUAUCCCGCUCAAAGCUCUGAACCUUCAUUUCAAUGUUCGCUUCAGCAUCGUCAGUCAGGUCAACCCGCAUGUAAACCUUUUCUUCUUCAGUUCGCGCGGUUCCGUUGGACGGCCUGUCACGCAUCGUCGUGGACGCGGUUGGAGAGGCGGCUACCUCGGUUCUGCUAUCGAGCAAUAUCUCAAACUUGAUCUUACCAAAUGGCUCAAAGUUUUGCGGCAUCUUGAACUGCUACCGCGUCCUCUUGGCCAGGACUGGAGUGCCAUCUGGCUCCAACGCUUCAGUGGAACCAUCACCAUCUGGCCCAAGUCUAUCCCAAGCGACUUCUACUACAUCCUCACAGAUCCGACACCUCAGCGCCUCGCUCGCAUGAUUCACGUCGGCCAGCAAUCCGCCUUCCCCAUGUUGAAAUUCAUCGCCAACCGCAUGAAAAUCGAGCGCCUGGUCGAGCAGGGCCGACACUCCGCGCGCCCCACCCAACCCGGCCUCCCAUCCAUCCUCUCCGAAGAGGACCUGAAGGGCCUCCUUCGCGAGGCGCAACGCAACGGCGGCAGCAUUGCUCCGCCGCCUAUCCUCUCCGCACCGCCAUCCGACAGCGACUCUUCUUCCAGCCAAGACUCGACGCCCGAACGCAAGAAAAAGAGACCCGCGCCGCUCCUCGGCGCGAGCAUCGACUCCGCCCUUGACGACGCCAAGUCUCCGAGAGACACGGGCAGCAAGGAUCAUCCGGCCGGCGGCGGCGGUGCACCCAGCCCAUCCAUCUCCAAACGCCUCUCGGGCUGGUGGUCUUCAUUCCAGCACAAGGCGCCCGACACACCGCGCGCUGCCGCCUUGGAGCGCAGCGCGCGCCUGCGCGGCCCGUACGCCACCAUCGCCGGCCACGGUCAGCGGCCCGGCAGCAUGUUCGAGCUGCGGCCGCCGCGCGAGUUCGUCGAAGACGAGAUCUACCGCCAUCCGCCGAGCCCGCAGCAUCAAAGGGACCAGUACGCGCAUCUCAGGGACGACGCUGCGGCUUUCGCGCGGAGGGGCAGCGGGGCGCGCGAGAUCUUCAGGCAGAGCAGGGUGUUCAUCGACGAUUCGGAAGAUGAUGAUGAAAGCGCUAGUGCAAAGGGUCGUGCAGGCGAGUGGGCUCCGGACGGGCUGGAGGAGCCGGAUAUGGCGAGGGAGGAUGAUGCGGUGCAGAUGUUUUUGGGAACGGAUGAUGAGGGGGCGGAAGGGAAUGCUGGUAGCAACAGUGAAGAUGCGGACGAGAGCAGUGAAGGGGAGGGGUACGGGUCGUUGAGGAAGAGGACAACUGCGAGGAGGGAGAGUGGGGGGACUUUCAUCGGUUGA